UGCUCACGAGCCUCCGCUCGCCUGCCCUCGCCUCUCUACCGCCUUCCUCUGGCGCACGCGAGUUCAGGCUUUUUUUCUAUUUUUUUUUUGUCGCCUUUCGGGAACUUAUUGACUAUAUAACCGGUCAGCGGUGAUUGACUCGUGAGACGACGGCGACAGUGGGUGUGUGACGUGGACACGUCGCCAGUGUGAGUGCAGCAGUGUCGUUGGUGUGUGAGCACGGACGUAGCUCCAGCUACAAUGAGCGACUACUUCAGCCUGUCAGACUGCGAUGUUAUCGGCUUCGACCUGGACCACACGCUCUGCCGCUACCGUCUGAAGGAGAUCUCCAGGCUCAUCUAUGAGAGCUUUGCCAGGUUUCUGGUGGAACACAAAGGCUACGACAAGGACCUGCUGAACCUCACUCCUGCUACCUGGGAUUUCUGCUUCAAAGGACUUGUGGUGGAUCUGGAGGAGGGAAACCUGGUGAAACUGGCUGAAGAUGGCACUGUCUUGCGAGCGACACACGGAACCAAUGACCUCAGCACAGAGGAGAUCAUCAAACGUUAUGGGCCUAAAAGGGAGUGGAAGCACUUCAACAGUCUCAACACCUCCUUCACCAGAUCUGCAAAGUACUAUUUCUAUGACAACUACUUUGAUCUACCUGGUGCUCUUCUCUGUGGAAGAGUUGUGGAUAUGUUGCACAAGCGAGGAAAUGAGGUGAAUCCCGACUUUUGGAAAGACAUAGUUGCUGCCAUCGACCACAAUUACAACACGUCUGCAUUCAAAGACGACACAGGGACAUAUUUCCCCGGUGUGAAGAGAGAACCAGGCCGGUACCUGCAGCCGUGCUCGGACUCUGUAAAGACUUGGCUGCAAAGCAUGAAGAAUGCCGGGAAGAUCCUCCUCCUCAUCACCAGCUCUCACAGCGACUACUGCAGGCUCAUCUGUGAACACGUCCUGGGGAAGGAUUUCGAGGAGCUGUUUGACGUCAUCAUCACAAACGCCCUCAAGCCCGGUUUCUUCUCGCUGGUGCCCCAGCAGAGGCCCUUCAGGACCUUGGUGAACGACGUGGAGGAGAAAGAGGGCCUGCCUUCGUUGGACAAACCCGGCUGGUACUCUCAGGGCAACUGGCCCCACCUCCGCGAGCUGCUGACAACCAUGACGGGCAAACCGGAGCCAAAGGUGGUGUAUUUUGGAGACAGCAUGAGGUCAGACAUGUUCCCCGCCAGCAGCUUCGGGAAGUGGGAAACAGUGAUGAUAGUGGAGGAAAUGGAGGGGGAGGGGAUCCAGAAGAGCGACGCGGCGAUGUCUAAUGAGGCCCAAGUGGAGCCGCUGGAGAAGAAGGGAAAGUUUGAGGAGCAGGGCAUGAAGUCACCCUCUGCCGUGUCCAACCAGUGGGGCUCGUACUUUGUCGACGUAUACAGAAGUGGAGGAGAAGACGAGGAGAGCCAGAAACUGACCUGGUGCAGCCAGUGCAUUCACAAAUACAGCACUAUGGCCAUUCCUAGUGUUGAGCACAUAGCAGAUCUCCCUCUGGAUUUCAAGUUCCCCAGGUUUUCUCCUGACAAGCCCUACACCACCGGCUACUACCCCCGGCCCCCGGAUUCUUUGCUGAAGUGGUGCGAGAGUCUGUCAAAAGAAGUAAAACAAAAAAAAAAGAGAAAAAAAAGGAAAACGGUUUGAGAGAAAGAAAGAAAAAAAAAAACAAGUCCUCCCUUACCCCUCUGCCUCAGGAGAGGAAUGUGCCUCCAUAUUUGCCUGUAGUUUCCCACCUGACCCCCCCCCACCACCACCAUCUGUGGAGCACAGGAAGCAUAACCUCCUCACCCAUUCAGAGAAGCCACAGUAUCUCUGUAAUAACGCCUGAACGUUGUUUCGUGGUUUAGUGACAAAAAUAAGUGUGCGUGUCUGCAUACAGUAAUAAUAAGAGAUGUCGUGUUAAAUGUUAUUUUUUAUGGUUGAUUGUGUUUCAAAACCUUUCUGGGGGAUAAAAGGGAACCUCUUCUUUCCCCUUAAGUGAUUACCUCAAGAACGUUAUCGACAGUCACAGUGUCUGUCCCUCAUUGUGGCUGAAUUUAUGUUUAACACCCCUGACAUCUCCUUUUUUUUUUUAAAUAAAAUAAAACAAUAUUUCCUUUGACUGUAUGAUUGACUCACCUUAAAGGGAUUGUUGAAGGCCACCACUUAACUAUAGGCUCACCCAAUCACAUUUUAGACCAGUUAAUGUCUUUGAUAUCACCGUUAGGCAUCCUUCUUCUUGACCGCUCACUCUCCCACACCAAAGUCCAUUGAGAAAAUCAGUGAUUUCAGCUAAUAGAGCUGCGGGUCUCCUGCUACGUCAUUUGGUAAGUUUGUUUCAGUGAUGUACUAAACCCUCACAAAGAAUCAAACCCUGAAUCAACAAUAUAACAUAAUCCAACCUAAUGAUGGACACAGCUGAAAUCUGUGAUUUUCUCUGUGGAAUUUGGUGCAGGAAAGUGAGCACUUUUCCACUUUUACACAAAGGAAAAGACUGUGUAAAGUCAUCCUCUUAUUGUGGCAUAAAUUCUGUUGUGUGA